GCUGAGCGCCGGCCGAGGGCGGGCAGGGCAGAGCAGCGAGGAGGGGCAGCGGACACCGAGCCCGCCGCGUCACAUGAGCUGACAGGACCCGCUCCCGGUCCCGUUCCCCUCCGCGCAACAAAGACUCGGGAGCUCCUGUGCCCGCCGCGGGACGGGGCGGGGCGGGGCGGGACGGGGCUGCCAUGGGACCCUGAGGGCCGCCGGCCCGCGCAGGAUUCUACCCAUUGAUGGUUAAAACAACACCUGGAGUAUUGGAAUGGAUCAGAUGCAUCAAUCAAAUGUUACCACAUUGCACCCAAAGAGAGGAAUGCCAUCCAGCUGGGGGAGGGCUUUCGAGCUACUGCUCUGCUGCUGAACAGCAUGCAGUCCUUUCGGGAGCAAAGUAGUUAUCACGGAAACCAGCAGAGCUACCCGCAGGAAGUGCACACUUCAUCCCGACUGGAAGAGUUCAACCCCCGCCAGCAGGCCCAGAUGUUCCAGAGCUUUGGAGGAGGUGCUGGCAGUGGACGUCGUGGAGCAACAGGAGCCUCUACAGCAAUGCCUGGUGAGAGCUCUGGCCAUCAGAGCUACCAAGGUUUCAGAAAAGAAGCAGGAGAGUUUUACUAUAUGGCUACCAACAAAGAUCCGGUGGUGUCAGGAGGGCAGCAGCCACCUCAGCGCAGGCCUUCUGGACCAGUACAGAGCUAUGGGCCCCCCCAAGGGAGUAGCUUUGGGAGUCAGUAUGGGAGUGAGGGACAUGUGGGCCAGUUCCAAACACAGCACUCGACCCUUGGGGGUGUAUCCCACUAUCAACAGGAUUAUACUGGUCCUUUCUCUCCAGGGAGUGCCCAGUAUCAGCAGCAGGCUUCUAGCCAGCAGCAACAGGUGCAGCAGCUGAGACAGCAGAUCUAUCAAUCUCAUCAGCCUUUACCCCAGGCGUCCAGCCAGUCUGCUUCUAGCACCUCACACUUGCAGCCAAUGCAGCGUCCAUCCACACUGCCUUCCUCUGCUUCAGGCUACCAGUUACGAGUGGGUCAGUUCAGCCAACACUAUCAACCACCUUCGUCAUCCUCCUCCUCCUCUUUCCCUUCCCCACAGCGUUUUGGCCAGUCAGGACAGAAUUAUGACGGAAGCUACAGUGUGAAUUCUGGGUCGCAGUACGAAGGCCAUGCUGUGGGUUCCAAUGCACAGGCCUAUGGGACCCAGUCCAACUACAGCUUUCAAACUCAACCGAUGAAAAGCUUUGAGCAGUCUAAACUGCCCCAAAGUGGGCAGCAGGGGCAGCAGCAGCAGCAGCACCCACCUCAGCACGUAAUGCAGUAUUCAAAUGCUGCCAGCAAACUCUCUCUUCAAAGUCAAGUGGGACAGUACAGCCAGACUGAAGUUCCUGUAAGGUCACCGAUGCAGUUCCACCAAAACUUCAGUCCAAUCUCUAAUCCAUCUCCUGCUGCAUCUGUGGUUCAGUCUCCAAGCUGCAGCUCUACGCCUUCUCCGCUCAUGCCUGGUGGAGAAAACCUCCAAUGUGGGCAAGGCAACAUGUCCAUGAGUUCUAGAAACCGAAUCCUGCAGAUGAUGCCUCAGCUUAGUCCUACACCAUCUAUGAUGCCAAGCCCCAAUGCUCAUGCGAGUGGAUUCAAGGGGUUUGGACUGGAAGGACUGCAGGAAAAAAGGCUCACAGAUCCAGGACUGAGCAGCCUGAGUGCUCUAAGUUCUCAAGUUGCCAAUCUGCCCAACACAGUCCAGCACAUGUUGCUCUCGGAUGCCUUGGCACCUCAGAAAAAAAGUUCCAAAAGAUCAUCCUCUUCCAAGAAAGCCGACAGCUGCACCAACUCAGAAGGUUCCUCCCAGGCAGAGGAGCAACUCAAGUCUCCUAUGGCAGAGUCCCUGGAUGGUGGCUGUUCCAGUAGUUCAGAGGAUCAUGGGGAAAGGGUGAGACAGCUGAGUGGCCAGAGCACCAGCUCAGACACCACUUACAAAGGGGGUAAUUUAGAGAGACCCAACUCCUCACCAGCACAAGGUUCUCAGAAUGAGCCAUCAAAACUCAGCAGCAGUCCUGCAGCUAGGGAAGAUGUGACCUCCCCUGAUGGGAAGGAAGCUGUGGUGGCUGUGGAAAAUACCCCAAAAGUUAAUGAAAAGGCAGUUGGGGUGAUUGUCUCCCGGGAAGCCAUGACAGGAAGAGUAGAAAAGUCAGGUGGACAAGAUAAACCUGCACAAGAUGAUGCUUCCACUGCCCCUCAGGCACCAGCUAGCACUAGUGGAGCAAAAGAAGCUGGGCAUGCAGGGACACAGCAAGAAACUCAAGGAGGAGGUAAAGGGAGCAAAAGUGGUGAUAACACUAACCAUAAUGGGGAAGGGAACAGCCAGUCUGGUCAUGCAGUUGUUGGGCCAAAUUUUCCUGCAAGAACAGAAUCUUCCAAGUCUCCUGGCAGUUUAAGAUACAGCUACAAGGAUAAUAUAGCUCCUGGUAUACAGAGAAAUGUUGGUGGCUUUCCACAGUAUCCAUCUGGUCAAGAAAAGGGGGAUUUUCCAGGGCAUGGUGAGCGCAAAGGCCGUAAUGAGAAGUUUCCUAGCCUCCUACAAGAGGUUUUACAGGGGUACCACCAUCAUCCAGACAGAAGGUAUUCUAGAAAUGCUCAGGAGCAUUCUGGGAUGGCUGGGAGUUUGGAGGGAGCAAUGAGGCCCAAUGUUUUAAUUAGUCAAACCAAUGAAUUGACCAAUAGAGGCCUCUUAAACAAAAGCAUGGGGUCCCUCCUGGAGGGCCCUCACUGGGGUCCCUGGGAUAGGAAGUCUAGCAGUGCAGCUCCAGACAUGAAGCAGAUAAAUUUAGCUGAUUACCCUAUUGCUAGAAAGUUUGAUGUGGAGUCUCAGUCUGCUGCCCAUGAGGCAGGAGCACUCUCAGAGAGGAGAUCAGUGAUCUGUGACAUAUCUCCAUUAAGGCAGCUUGUAAGAGAUCCUGGCCCUCACCCCAUGGGGCACAUGGGUCCUGAGGCCAGAAGCGGAAGGAGUGAACGUCUUGCCCCUGGCUUGAGCCAGUCAGUAAUACUCCCUGGUGGUUUAGUAUCCAUGGAAACAAAGAUGAAAGCUCACAGUGGGCAAAUAAAGGAGGAAGAUUUUGAAAAGGGCUCAACUAGUCUCAAUAAUAAAAAAACAGGAGACCAUUGUCAUCCUGCUGGCAUUAAGCACGAAUCUUUUCGAGGCAAUGCCAGCCCUGGAGCUGCAGUCUCCGAUGCUGCUCCAGACUACAUGCCCCAGCAGGAUAGCAGAUCGACACAGAUGAGAAGAGGACCUGGCAGAACUGGAAGGGGUAAAUCACCCUCUCAAUAUCAGGAUCUUGCUGAUAAGCUGAAAAUGUCACCAGGCAGAAGCAGAGGCCCAGGGGCAGAUCUGCAUCACAUGAACCCACACAUGACACUACCUGAAAGAGUUAGCAGGGGUUCCUUGCAUUCUGUCUACCCUCAGAAUUCAGAAGGCCCAUCUCUGGCUUCAGCAUAUCACACAAAUGCUAGGCCUCAUGCUUUUGGUGACCCCAACCAGAGUCUGAAUUCCCAGUAUCAUUACAAGAGACAGAUAUACCAGCAACAGCAAGAGGAAUACAAAGAUUGGGCAAGCAGCGCUGCUCAGGGUGUGAUUGCUGCAGCUCAGCACAGGCAGGAAGGAGCAAGGAAGAGCCCAAGACAACAGCAGUUUCUGGAAAGAGUGAGGAGUCCCUUAAAAAAUGACAAGGAUGGAAUGAUGUACCUUCAAGGUAGCUCUUACCAUGAUACUGGAAGUCAGGAAGCUGGGCGCUGUGUCAUGGGGAGUGACAGUACUCAGAGCAAAUGCACCGAACUGAAACACGGCAACCAGAAGUUGCAGCAUCAUGAAUCUGGUUGGGACCUCUCUCGGCAAACUUCUCCUGCCAAAAGCAGCGGCCCUCUUGGAGCAGCCAACCAAAAAAGAUUUUGCCCUCAAGAAAGUGAUGGGCAUCGACGAGAGGAAUCUACAGAUUUACCCAAACCUAGUAAUGCUAUGCUUAGACUCCCUGGCCAGGAAGACCAGUCUCCUCAAAACCCAUUAAUCAUGAGGAGGAGGGUCCGUUCUUUCAUCUCUCCUAUCCCUACCAAAAGACAGCCACAUGAUAUGAAGAACAGUGGUGGUGAAGAUAAAGGGCGGCUGAUGACUUCAACAAAAGAAGGAGCUGAUAAAACAUACAACUCCUAUGCCCAUUCAUCUCAAAGCCAAGAUGCUGGCAAGUCAGUUGCAAAGGGAGAUUCCUUCAAGGACCUGCCAAGUCCUGAUAGGAAUUGUCCUGCUGUUUCCCUCACAAGCCCAGCAAAGACCAAAAUAUUGCCCCCAAGAAAGGGGCGAGGAUUAAAACUGGAAGCUAUUGUUCAAAAAAUUACAUCUCCCAAUAUUAGGAGAAGUGUUUCUACCAACAGUGCUGAAACUGGUCCAGAUACUGUCACUCUUGAUGACAUCCUGUCGCUCAAGAGUGGACCUGAAGGAGGAAAUGUGGCUGGACAUGGACCAGAGGCUGAGAAGAGAAAAGGAGAGAUGUCAGAUCAAGUGGGGCCAGCAAGCCAGGAUACAACUGGUGAAAAAACUGUUCCAAGAUCUUCAGAAGAGUGGCAAAGCAGUGAGGAUGAUAAAAACAGAAAAGAGGUCCCUGAAACUGCCAUUAUUGGCAAAGAAGGAGCAGGAUCCAAUGCAGCACCACCUCCUUCUCAGAAGUCAGGUGGUCAGGGAAGGUCUGAUGGAUCUGUAAGUGGAGCUGGAACUCUGACCUUUUCAGACUCAAAAACAAUUUCCCCUUCCAGUGUGUUCAUUUCUGAACCAAAUCCAAAGUCUGAGGAAAAAGAUGGAGAUGUGACAAACAUUUCACCCAAGCCAGAUGGUUUCCCUCCAAAGGGAUAUUUCCCCUCUGGAAAGAAAAAAGGGAGGCCAAUUGGGAGUGUGAACAAGCAGAAGAAGCAGCAGCAACAGCAGCAGCUGCCUGUGCCCCCUCCUCCCCCACCAGCACCGUCACAGCCUGCAGAAGGGGUGGGUGCUGGUGAGCCAAAGCCCAAGAGGCAAAGGAGGGAGAGGCGAAAACCUGCAGCACAGCCACGGAAGCGAAAGCCUAGACGGGCUGCUCCAAUUGUGGAGCCUCAAGAACCAGAGAUCAAGCUCAAAUAUGCUACUCAGUCUGUAGAUAAAACUGACUCCAAGAAUAAGUCCUUUUUCCCUUACAUUCAUGUGGUAAACAAGUGUGAAUUAGGCGCUGUAUGCACAAUCAUAAAUGCGGAGGAAGAGGAGCAGAACAAAUUGGUGAGGGGUCGGAAAGGACAGCGGUCUUCAACACCCCCUCCUAGCAAUGCGGAGAGCAAAGUGCUGCCCACCUCAUCUUUCAUGCUGCAAGGCCCUGUAGUAACGGAGUCUUCUGUCUUGGGGCAUCUGGUUUGCUGCCUGUGUGGCAAAUGGGCCAGCUACCGUAACAUGGGUGACCUCUUUGGUCCUUUCUACCCCCAGGAUUACGCAGCUACCUUGCCCAAGAAUCCACCUCCAAAGAGGGCCACAGAAAUGCAGAGCAAGGUCAAGGUACGGCACAAAAGUGCUUCUAAUGGUUCCAAGACAGAUACUGAAGAGGAGGAGGAACAGCAACAACAGAAGGAACAGAGAAGCCUGGCUGCUCAUCCCCGCUUUAAGAGGCGGCACCGCUCUGAGGACUGUAGCGGAGCCUCUCGGUCACUUUCAAGGGGAGCUUCUUGUAAAAAAGCAACCACUGAUGGUGGCAGUGGUGGUGAAAAGACUCCUUUGGACUCAAAACCGUCUAUGCCCACUUCAGAAGGUGGCACUGAGCUGGAGUUACAAAUUCCUGAACUACCUCUUGACAGCAAUGAAUUUUGGGUCCAUGAGGGUUGUAUUCUCUGGGCCAAUGGGAUCUACCUGGUCUGUGGCAGGCUCUAUGGGCUGCAGGAAGCUGUGGAGAUUGCAAGAGAGAUGAAAUGUUCCCAUUGCCAGGAACCGGGAGCCACCUUAGGCUGCUACAACAAAGGCUGCUCCUUCCGAUACCAUUACCCAUGUGCCAUCGAUGCAGAUUGUUUACUAAACGAAGAGAAUUUCUCAGUGAGGUGCCCCAAGCACAAGGUUAGGCUGUUGAGAUAAAAAGCGGUGGACAUUCAUGACUGAAUGGAAUCUCUCCCACUGUGCAGCCAUGCCCCCUCUCAACGUGCCUGCCAAUGCCAGCACUUCCUUCAUAAAUUCUUACAUCACACUCAAGACUGAUGACAUCACAGAAUCUGACCAAGGAGUCUGAACCAGCUGUUUCCAUGGACACAAUCUCCAUAGUGACAGUGGGGAGGGGAGGGGGAAAAGGAAACAGGUGGGGGGAAUUAAAGAGGGAGGGAUAAAUAUAUAUAUAUAUAAAGAUCUAUUUUUUAGUCUUGAAAGACUUUGUUUUAAAUGAAAGGUGCGCUAUAUCCCUUUUGAUGCUUUUGAUUAAAAUUUUUAAAACCCCAUAUAAAUUAAAAAAGAAACCUAUAGCUAAAGUAAAUAUUAAAUCCAAAAUUAAAGCAAGGCAUGUGGAGCCUAACAUUUUGUGGGAAAGAAUAGCAAAACUGGAGUACUCCAAACAGGACUUGUCUCUGUUCCUCUUGCUUUCUUUCUCACAACAUCUGAUGAAAUUCAGUUUUGAAAGGCAAAUAAAAUACUGAUAAAUUGUAGGAUGUGGGAGGAAGCCUUGGAUGGUUGCAGGUAAUUUGGUGUCAGUAGUUGUGUCUGGGGUUAGGGAGGUUUCCAUUUUUGAGAAACACUAUUAACAAUGUAAGCGUGAACAACAUCUGCAGACUCUUGGGUCGUGAGACUCAUGAAGUAAGAGGUGGCUACUGCUUGCUAGGUCCCAUACACCUUGCUGGUGUGGGACCCUCUGUGCCAUGCAGGGGAAGGGAGUAUCUGCCCUGUGUGGCAACAAUGUGACCCCCAGAUCAUUCCAAGAAGCUGCCUUCAGUUUGGAAGGCAGGGGAGAGGAAGACAUGCUUUACCUGCCAGAUUGGGGAACAAGAGGAAGUCUGAAUGUUGGUGGAGUCAAUGUAUCUUCAAACUGAUUGGGGUAAAUCCACUUGGCCCUUUUUUUUUAUUUUAUGUUUUUGCUUUUCCUAAGGAAGGAAGAGGGAAUGUUAGUGUAACAACCUACACUAUAUGGUUAUUCGGGGUCGUUCUUUUCUUUUUUUUCUUUUUCUUACCUUUUUUUUUUUUUUUUUUUUUUGCUAAAUUAUGCAAUUUUAAAACAUUUGAGUUUUAGGAACAACAACAAAAUCAUUUUUUCUUGUUAAGGCCUUAAGAAAGGGGUUAGUGCAUCUUUCAGGGGUCACUCUGCCAUGGGAAUAAAAAUAGCUGUUUCACAAACAGUUUUAUAUAAAAAAAGCUUAAAAAAACCAAAAAAACUAAUAAACUUCAUUUUAACCUUGUCUCCUUUUGUUUUGUGCGAACUUGAUUUGUUUAAAAGGACAGAGACAGUACUAUCUGCUGCUUUUUGAUUUCUUUGCCUUCAUCGGUUCUGCCUUCAGUGAUGACCUUCUGAACUGGCCCAGCAAGAGGAAGACCACAAAGGCUUUGCAAAACUAAAGCUUAGGAUUUGUUUGAUGUUCAGAAUUAACAAGCCAAUGACUGGAUGAAUUUUCUGUUCGUGUGAGUUGGUGGUGUUUCACCGGGUCACUGACUUCUUUCACUCAUAGGAUGGUAGCGUAUCCUAGCGAUAUCAAACAGCGUGGUGUUUACUGGGAAGCCACUAGAGAUAGGGAUCUAACCAGCAUGACAUGGAUGAAAAAAAUGGGGUUGAUAUUGCGGGGAGGGAAGAACUAUUUUAAAAGUUAUGUACUGGAUGCUUGCUCAACUACUCACAUUUUGGAGUAUUCAGCACAUAAAAAUAAAAUCUAUGAUAGCUCAUAUUAAGAUAUCUAUUUUAACUCUAUUUUUAAAAGAUCAAUUUAAAGAUUUGGGAGAUAAUUUGGCAGUUAUUUAUUUCUAGAAGUUGCUACUCUCACUCAUAAAUAUUUGGAAAGAAAGGGCAGCCUUCUGCUUACUCCUUUCCCAGUAGCAGCUACUGAAGUUAGUAUGUCCUUUACAUUAAGAAAUAGACCUGUUGUGAUAAAUGUCACUAAUGUGUCAUGAAUUGGUGCUGAAAAUAUUUAACUGCUGGUGUAGUCAGAAAAAAGUCAUUUUUAGCAUAGUUAAUGUGAUUGAGUAAAUGACUUCUUUUCAACUGAAUAAAAAUUGUUUUUUUUUCA